GUCAGGAAGAUGGCGUCUAGCGGAGGCAGCUCAGGGCCCGGCUGGGAAGUGGCCGUUCGGCCGCUUCUGUCGGCCUCUUAUUCUGCGUUUGAUAUGAAGGAACUACCGCAGCUUGUGGGCUCUGUAAUAGAGAGUGAAUCAGAGCUCCUGCACCAUGACAAACAGUAUGAGCCAUUCUACUCUUCCUUUGUUGCCUUGGCCACUCACUAUAUUACUACAGUAUGCAGUCAAAUUCCAAGAAACCAUCUACAAUCUGUAGCUGCAGCUUGUAAAGUCCUGAUUGAAUUUUCAUUGCUGAGACUGGAAAGCCCUGAUGAAGCCUGUGCCGUCUCCCAGAAGCAUCUGAUUCUCCUGAUUAAAGGACUGUGCACAGGCUGCAGCAGACUAGACCGUACAGAGAUAAUCACUUUUACAGCAAUGAUGAAAUCCUCCAAACUACCACAGACUGUUCAGACUCUUUCUGAUGUGGAGGAUCAGAAAGAAAUUGUGUGCUUACAAAGUCCUGAACUGCGACAAAAAGAGGUACAAAUGAACUUCAUUAACCAGCUGACGUCUGUAUUUAACCCCAGAGGAACGUCUUCCGCAUCUCCUCCUUCACAGGUGGAAAGUGAGGGUGAUGAUUCUUCAACAGAUCAGGCUUCUGCAGCUAAAACCAAAAGGAUCUUCAUAGCCCAAAAUGAAGCCAGUCUACAAGAGCUUGGUGGUUCAGAAAAGCUACUUAGAGUCUGUCUAAAUUUACCAUACUUCCUAAGAUAUAUUAACCGUUUCCAAGAUGCAGUGUCUGCUAAUUCCUUCUUUAUAAUGCCAGCCACAGUAGGAGAUGCUACAGCUGUACGCAACGGUUUCCACUCGCUGGUGAUUGAUGUGACUAUGGCACUAGACACUCUGUCCUUACCUGUGAUGGAACCAUUAACUCCUUCAAGACUGAAAGAUAUAACCCUCUUGGCUCUCAGCUGCUUAUAUGCAGGUGUAAGUGUAGCCACGUGUAUGGCGAUACUUCAUGUGGGGAGCACCCAGCAGGUCCGCACAGGGUCCACAAGCUCUAAAGAGGAAGACUAUGAGAAUGAUGCAGCUACUAUAGUGCAAAAAUGUCUUGAGAUCUACGAAAUGAUUGGCCAAGCAAUUAACAACUCCAGACGAGCUGGAGGAGAGCAUUACCAGAACUUCCAGCUUCUAGGUGCUUGGUGCCUGGUGAACAGUCUUUUCCUGAUUCUAAAUUUAAGCCCAACAGCUCUUGCAGAUAAAGGGAAGGAGAAAGAUCCUCUGGCAGCACUCCGAGUGCGGGACAUUGCCCGUGCCAAAGAAGGUGUUGGUUCUCCAAAAUUAGGCCCAGGAAAAGGACACCAAGGCUUUGGGGUCCUCUCUGUGGUGCUAGCAAACCAUGCAAUUAAAUUGCUGACCUCAUUAUUCCAGGAUUUGCAAGUGGAGACUAUGCACAAGCAGGCCUGGGACACAGAUGGGCCCCUUGCGGAGCUUAGUAUCACAGCUCAAAGCACGUCUAUUCAGAGGAUCCAAAGACUAAUUGACUCAAUCCCCUUGACUAACCUGCUAUUCACUGUGCUCUCUACAUCUUACCGCAAGGCCUGCGUCCUGCAGCGCCAAAGAAAAGGUUCAGUAAGCAGCGAUGCCAGUGCUUCCACUGAUUCAAACACUUAUUAUGAGGAUGAUUUCAGUAGCACAGAGGAGGACAGUAGUCAAGAUGAUGACAGCGAGCCUAUCUUGGGACAAUGGUUUGAGGAAACAAUCUCUCCAAGCAAAGAGAAAGCAGUUCCUCCUCCACCACCACCACCCCCUCCUCUUGAAAGCUCCCCAAGGGCAAAAAGCCCCAGCAAACAGACCAGUGGAGAAAAUGGCAACAUCCUAGCUAGUCGGAAGGACCCUGAACUGUUCCUCAGUCUGGCUUCCAGUACCCUGAAUUUUAUAACUACCUGCAUGCUGAAUUCCCGCAGCAAUUUCAUCCGAAACUACCUGAGUGUGUCUUUAACUGAGCAGCAUAUGGCGACUCUAGCGAGUAUUAUAAAAGAUGUGGAUAAAGACGGCCUGAAAGGCUCCUCAGAUGAGGAUUUCGCUGUUGCUCUGUACCAGUUCAACCACUGCCUGGUGACCUCAGAUCUCCAGUCUCCUACACUACAGAAUGCUCUUCUACAGAACUUGGGAGUUGCUCCAUUAAGUGAGGGCCCCUGGCCACUUUACAUUCACCCCCAGAGUCUGUCUGUGCUCUCACGUCUGUUACUUCUCUGGCAGCACAAAGCAAGCUCUCAGGGUGACCCAGAUGUGCCUGAGUGCAUAAGGGUCUGGGAAAGGUUUGUGGGAACUCUGAAGCAGAAUGCCCUUCAAGGGGUGGUCCCUGGUGAAACAGAGGAUGUAAAUGUGGAUCAUCUUCAGCUGCUCCUCUUGAUCUUUCAUAAUCUCUCCGAACGAGGCCGGCGGACUGUUCUGUUACUGUGUGUUGAGACUCUGCAAGAUCUGGCGGAUAGCCUGGAGUCCCAGCUCCCUGCUGUGCCGCUGCUCCUUGCACGUUUACUGCUUGUGUUUGAUUACCUUCUCCACCAGUACUCCAAACCUCCUCUCUAUUUGUUUGAACAGGUGCAGUAUAACCUUCUGUCGCCACCUCUUGCUUCUGGAUCAUCGCAGGAUGGAACCUCUCGAACCACUGCAUUGUAUCAUGGAUUUAAAGAGGUUGAAGAAAACUGGGCUAAGCAUUGCAUAACAGAUGCUGCACCGCAACCUCGAUUUUACAGCAUCCUAUCACCAGAAGCUUCUGAAGAUGACUUGCAUCGAUUAGACAGUGUAGUUUGUGAAGUUCUGUUCUCUCGCAAGCUAAAGUAUGAUGACCUUUACUCGUCCCUCAUUUCCUUGCUCGCUGCUGGGUCCCAGUUUGAUACAGUUCGGAGAAAUGAGAGCAAAAACAUAACACCAUUGGAGGCUUGCGCUUUGCAGUAUCAUUUUCUCAUAUUGUGGAGAAUUCUGGGGAGUUUGCCUCCAUCACAAAAGUAUAUGACACAUUUGUCCAUGAAUGUACCAGCCUCAAGUGAAUGUGAGAUCCUGCACACAUUGCGUUGGGCUUCACGCAUCCGGGUCCCAACUUAUCAACUGUGGAUUAAGGAUCACCUUAUAAAUCAAGGAAUGAAACCAGAACAGGCCACAUCCCUGACAGAACAAGCAUCAUCCAGAUGCAGCUCUAUAAAGUAUGAUGUAGAGGUUGCUGAGGAGUACAUAGCCAGACAGAUUUCCUCUUUCUGUAGUAACGAUGGCUACACAUUUGAGCAGCUACGUCAGGGACCCAACUUACAGAGCAUUUACACCCUGGAUGCAGUAAUCUCUAAGGUGCAAGUGUCAUUGGAUGAGCAUUUCUCCAAGCUGUCAGCUGAGGCCGAUCCACACAAGUCUUCUCAAGUUGCUAAGAACCUUCUGCCUGCAGCUUUACAGCUUCUGGAUAUGUACGCUUCCCUCACUCGGUGUUACUUACUGCACAGCCUUCCCGAGGAAGGAUCUGAUGAAAAGAAACUUCAGGGCUAUGCUGCUGUCUUGGCCAUUGGCUCUGCCCGAUGCAAGGCUAACACACUGGGCCCAGUCUUGGUACAAAACCUCCCUUCUUCAGUUCAGUCCCUGUGUGAGUCCUGGAACGCCAUCCACACCAAUGAGUUUCCAAGUAUUGGAUCAUGGCGCAAUGCUUUUGCUAAUGACACAAUUCCAUCAGAGAGUUACAUUGGAGCGGUGCAAGCAGCACACUUGGGUACUUUGUGCAGCCCCAGCCUAUCUCUUGCCGCUUCUCUCAAACAUGUUCUUCUAUCGCUUGUCAGGCUCACGGGGGAUCUCAUAGUGUGGUGCCCUGACGAUCUUAAUUCCAACCAACUGAUAAAAUCCUUGUUGCCUCCUCUUCUGGAAAGCAGCACUGAGAGCGUGGCUGAGCUGUGCAGCACUUCCCUGGAGAGGGUGCUCGGCCCCACGGAGUCAGAUGAGUUUUUAUCCCGUGUGUAUGAGAAGCUGAUCACUGGAUGUUAUGAUAUCCUGGCUAACCACUCAGACCCAAGCUGUGGUUUGGAUGAGUCUAUCUUGGAGGAAUGUCUGCAGUACUUGGAGAAACAGUUGGAAAGCAGCCAAGCUCGCAAAGCAAUGGAGGAAUUCUUCACAGAGAGAGGGGAAUUGGUGCAGAUAAUGAUGGCCACUGCGAAUGAGUCUUUGUCUGCCAAGUUUUGUAACAGAGUCCUGAAAUUCUUCACCAAACUCUUUCAACUAACUGAGAAGAGCCCUAACCCCAGCCUGCUGCGUCUUUGUGGGACCCUUGCUCAACUUGCCUGUGUGGAGCCUCUACAUUUACAGUCCUGGCUCAUUCGCAUGACCACCUCUCCUCCGAAGGAUUCUGACCAGUCUGAGAUGGUUCAAGAAAACAGACAAUUGCUACAGCUGCUCACUGCAUAUAUUGUGCGAGAGAACAGUCAAGUAGGGGAAGGUGUUUGCACAGUGCUUCUCAGCACCCUCAUUCCCAUGGCCACUGACCUCCUAUCCAAUGGAGAUGGAACAGGUUUCCCAGAGCUUAUGGUGGUGAUGGCCACACUUGCAAGUGCUGGCCAAGGAGCUGGACAUCUACAGUUGCACCGGGCAGCCAUGGAUUGGCUGUCAAGAUGUAAGAAAUACCUGUCUCAGAAGAAUGUGGUAGAGAAAAUGAACAACAAUGUAAUGCAAGGAAAGCAUGUGACCAUCCUGGAGUGUACCUGCCACAUAGUGUCAUACUUAGCAGAUGUAACCAGCGCUUUGAGUCAUGGCUCAGGGCAAGGGCACAACCACCCUCCUGUGGAUGGGGAGGAAAGAGCAAUUGAGGUGGACUCUGACUGGGUUGAGGAGCUGGCAGUGGAAGAGGAUGACUCCCAGGCUGAAGACUCUGAUGAAGACUCAUUGUGUAAUAAGCUUUGCACAUUUACCAUUACGCAGAAAGAAUUCAUGAAUCAACAUUGGUAUCAUUGCCACACCUGUAAGAUGGUUGACGGAGUGGGUGUCUGCACUGUCUGCGCUAAAGUCUGCCAUAAGGAUCAUGAAAUUUCAUAUGCAAAGUACGGCUCUUUUUUUUGUGACUGUGGCGCCAAAGAAGAUGGCAGUUGUCUGGCCCUUGUCAAGAGAACACCCAGCAGUGGAAUGAGCUCCACUAUGAAGGAAUCUGCCUUCCAGAGUGAACCGCGCCACCCAGAGAGUGCCAUCCGUCUUCCUGGCUCAGCAUUGAGUGACAAAGGCAAGGUCACAAUCAGCGAUGGUAAAAGUGAUGAUGAGAAGCCAAAACGCAGCAGCUUGUGCCUAAAUAUUGAAGGCUGCAGAGAGGAGCUCAUUAAUCAGGCCAAUUUCUCCUUUGCACCACUGGUCCUGGACAUGCUAAAUUUCUUGAUGAGUGCCAUACGGAAUAACUUCCAGCAAGCUUCAGCAGUGGGGAGCAGCAGCAGAGCCCAGCAUGCAUUGGAUCAGCUUCACACACUUGAAAAAAGUGUAGAAAUGACAGACCAGUUAAUGGUUCCAACAUUGGGCUCCCAGGAAGGAGCUUUUGAGAAUGUGCGGAUGAAUUACAGUGGCGAUCAAGGACAAACAAUCCGUCAGUUGAUCAGCGCUCAUGUGUUACGUAGAGUUGCCAUGUGUGUGCUUUCUUCACCGCAUGGUCGUAGGCAGCACCUUGCUGUCAGCCAUGAGAAAGGGAAGAUUACAGUGUUACAACUCUCAGCAUUGCUAAAACAAGCUGAUUCCAGCAAGCGCAAAUUGACUCUUACACGCUUGGCUUCGGCCCCAGUGCCCUUCACUGUACUCAGUCUGACCGGAAACCCCUGCAAGGAGGACUACUUGGCUGUGUGCGGUUUGAAGGACUGUCACGUGCUCACUUUCAGCAGUUCUGGUUCAGUUUCAGAUCACUUGGUGCUUCAUCCACAGCUGGCAACUGGCAACUUCAUCAUUAAAGCUGUUUGGUUGCCAGGCUCACAGACUGAGCUGGCUAUUGUGACCGCAGACUUUGUUAAGGUUUAUGACUUGUCUGUGGAUGCACUGAGUCCCACUUUCUAUUUCCUGCUGCCAAGUUCCAAGAUACGAGAUGUCACAUUCCUUUUUAAUGAAGAAGGAAAAAAUAUAAUUGUUAUUAUGUCUUCUGCUGGUUACGUGUACACGCAACUUAUGGAGGAGUCUAGCAGCGCCACACAUGGACCAUUUUAUGUGACUAAUGUUUUGGAAGUCAAUCACGAGGAUUUAAAGGAUAGUAACGGUCAGGUAGCAGGCGGAGGUGUUUCCGUGUAUUAUUCGCAUGUCCUUCAAAUGCUGUUCUUUAGUUACUCUCAAGGCAAAUCCUUUGCUGCCACCAUUAAUAGAUCAUCUCUGGAAAUACUUAGUCUUUUCCCCAUAAACAUAAAGAGCUCCAAUGGAGGAAGUAAGACCUCACCAGCACUUUGCCAGUGGUCAGAAGUAAUGAAUCACCCAGGCUUGGUGUGCUGUGUCCAACAGACAACAGGAGUUCCUCUUGUGGUUAUGGUGAAGCCAGAUAGUUUUUUGAUCCAGGAAAUAAAGACGUUGCCAGCCAAAGCCAAAAUUCAAGACAUGGUCGCUAUUCGGCACACUGCCAGCAAUGACCAGCAGAGAACAACCAUGAUCCUCCUUUGCGAGGACGGCAGUUUACGUAUUUACAUGGCCAAUGUAGAGAAUACCUCAUAUUGGCUCCAGCCUUCCUUGCAGCCCAGCAGCAGUAUCAGUAUCAUGAAACCAGUGCGCAAACGCAAACCAGCUGCCGUCAUGACCCGGGCAUCUAGCCAAGUAACCUUCCCUAUUGAUUUCUUCGAGCAUAAUCAACAGUUGACAGAUGUCGAAUUUGGCGGUAACGAUCUCCUUCAGCUGUAUAAUGCACAACAGAUAAAACACCGUCUCAAUUCCACUGGGAUGUAUGUUGCAAAUACAAAGCCUGGUGGAUUUACAAUUGAAGUGUGUAACAACAAUAGCUCCAUGGUGAUGACAGGACUUCGCCUUCAGAUAGGCACACAGGCUAUAGAGCGAGCUCCGUCUUACAUAGAGAUGUUUGGACGCACUAUGCAGCUGAACAUGAGCAGAGCAAGAUGGUUUGAUUUCCCAUUUACAAGAGAAGAAGCCCUCCAAGCUGACAAAAAACUUACAAUAUUUAUUGGGGCCUCGGUUGAUCCAGCUGGAGUCACCAUGAUAGAUGCGGUGAAAAUUUAUGGAAAGACAAAGGAGCAGUUUGGUUGGCCAGAUGAACCACCAGAAGAGUUCCCUCCUGCAUCUGUGAGCAGUGUAUGUCCUUCCAACCUAAACCAAGGAAAUGGAUCCACUGAGAGCGAGACCACAACCCCACCUUCAAAUAAUGGAACUGUCAUAGAAAGUUCUGACCCUGAACCCUUAACGAUCUUGGACCGAUUAGUGGGUAGUUCUUUGGAAGCUCUAGAAAGUUGUUUUGCAUUUGGACCAGUGCCUGAGAAGGAAAAAUACAAGACUUCUGCUCUUGAACUGGCUACUGUUUUGCUUUCCAUGCCAACUCCAUCGAGUGUCCAGAUACAGACAAAGAGCCUUCUAGCCAGUCUGCACACUAGCCGCACUGCUUAUCACAACCAUAAGGAUCAGGCUUUACUAAGCAAUGCUGUACAGUGCUUGAACUCUUGCAGCAAAGAAGGGAAAGACCUUGACCCAGAAGUGUUUCAGAGACUUGUGAUCACUGCUCGCUCCAUUGCCAUUAUGCGUUCAAGCAACCUUGUUCAUUAUACAGAGUGCAGCCUCCCUGGGGGAGAGACAGAGAGUGGAGAAGAAAAUAAAGAUGCCCUGAAAACUGCAGAUGGAGAGGAAGGAUACGGAUUUAUCACACAGCUAGUAAACCAGUUCUGGAAACUACAUGCAUCAAAACCCAAGAACGCUUUCCUAGCACCCGCAUGUCUGCCAGGUCUGACACAUGUUGAAGCAACUGUCAAUGCUCUUGUGGACAUUAUCCAUGGAUACUGCACCUGUGAGCUUGACUGUAUUAACCUGGCAUCUAAGAUCUACAUGCAGAUGUUGCUGUGUCCAGACCCGGCUGUGAGCUUCUCAUGCAAACAGGCCCUAAUACGAGUCCUGAGACCGAGGAACAAGCGUCGCCAUGUGACCCUGCCAUCAUCUCCACGUAGUAACACACCCAUGGGUUGGAGAGCUUGGUAUCCUUCAGGUGUUGCUGUAAUUAGGAUGCCUUCGCCUUACAAGGACCUCUUUAACCGAGAUAAGGAUGACGAUGACGACGAUGAGGCUGAAGACAAGAUGCAGAGCUCAGUUAUCCAGAAUGGGGAGCAUGUGCGUCAACAGAGCCAGGAGCAGAACGAGGUGGAUCAUGGAGACUUCGAGAUGGUGUCAGAGUCUAUGGUACUUGAAAGUGCCGAUGGUGUAAACAAUGGUAACCCUUCACCCUUGGAAGCACUUCUAGCCGGAGCUGAAGGUUUUCCACCCAUGCUGGACAUCCCUCCGGAUGCAGAUGAUGAGACUAUGGUGGAAUUGGCUAUUGCAUUGAGCCUUCAGCAGGAUCAACAAGGCAGCAGCAGCAGUGCGCUUGGUCUGCAGAGUCUGGGGCUUUCCGGACAGGCCCCCAGCUCUUCCUCAUUGGAUGCAGGAACAUUAUCUGACACUACCGCAUCAGCUCUCCUCAUGCUUGUAGCUCCAGCAUCUGAUGAUGAAGGAAGCACAGCCGCAACAGACGGCUCCACAUUACGCACCUCUCCAGCAGAUCACGGGGGCAGCGUGGGCUCAGAAAGUGGCGGCAGCGCCGUUGAUUCGGUGGCUGGUGAGCAUAGUGUUUCAGGACGUAGCAGUGCCUAUGGUGAUACCACUGUUGAGUGCCACCCACCCGGCCCUAGUAGCAUCAGCUCUAGCACUGGUGCAAUCAGUACUACAACUGGACAGCAAGAAGGAGACGGAUCAGAGGGUGAAGGAGAGACCGAAGGAGAUGCACAUACCAGCAACAGACUUCACAUGGUGCGCCUCAUGCUCCUAGAGCGAUUGCUUCAGUUUUUACAAAGUCUCCGUGGAGUGGGAGGUGUCCGUGCUAUCCCAUACAUGCAGGUGGUUCUGAUGCUCACUGCUGAUCUUGAUGGAGAAGAUGAGAAAGAUAAAGGGGCCUUGGAUAACCUCUUGUCUCAGCUUAUUGCAGAGCUUGGGUUGGAUAAAAAGGAUGUUGCAAAAAAGAACGAGCGGACACCCCUGAAUGAAGUGCAUCUUGUAGUCAUGCGGCUUCUCAGCGUCUUCAUGUCACGAACAAAAUCUGGUUCCAAGUCCUCCAUCUGUGAAUCUUCAUCACUGAUUUCCAGUGCGACUGCCACUGCACUGCUUAGCUCUGGGGCUGUGGAUUACUGCCUUCAUGUGCUCAAGUCUCUCUUAGACUACUGGAAGAGCCAGCAGAGUGACGAGGAGCCUGUAGCCGCUAGCCAGCUGCUCAAACCGCACACUAGUUCCUCUCCUCCUGAUAUGAGUCCAUUUUUCCUCCGGCAAUACGUCAAGGGUCAUGCUGCAGAUGUUUUCCAAGCGUACACACAGCUGCUAACAGAGAUGGUUCUGCGCCUGCCCUAUCAGAUAAAGAAAAUCGCUGAUACAAAUUCAAGAAUCCCACCACCUGUUUUUGACCACUCUUGGUUUUAUUUCCUUUCUGAGUACUUGAUGAUUCAGCAGACGCCAUUUGUCCGGCGCCAAGUGCGCAAACUCCUUCUCUUUAUCUGUGGUUCAAAGGAGAAGUAUCGUCAACUCCGUGACCUGCACACACUUGAUUCCCACAUCAGAGGCAUUAAAAAGCUGCUUGAAGAGCAUGGCAUUUUCUUAAGAGCAAGUGUGGUCACUGCUAGCUCUGGUUCAGCGCUACAAUAUGACACAUUAAUUAACCUGAUGGAGCAUCUCAAGGCCUGUGCAGAAAUUGCAUCACAGCGAACUGUAAACUGGCAGAAGUUCUGCAUCAAAGAUGACUCGGUGUUGUACUUCCUGUUGCAAGUUAGCUUCCUGGUUGAUGAGGGAGUGUCACCUGUCCUGCUGCAGCUCCUCUCCUGCGCCCUGUGUGGCAGCAAAGUCCUCUCAACGUCUUCAUCUUCUGGUUCUUCCACUGCACAAUCAGGAAGCUCUGGGCAGUCUGGGACACAGACAAAAUCAUCUGCUAAGAAGAGCAAGAAGGAAGAUAAGGAGAAGGAGAAAGAUGGUGAGAGCUCUAACAGCCAAGAGGAGCAACUGUGCACUGCACUCGUCAACCAGCUCAAUAAAUUUGCAGACAAAGAGACCUUGAUCCAGUUCUUACGCUGCUUCCUUCUGGAAUCAAAUGCUUCUUCUGUGCGUUGGCAGGCACACUGCCUAGCACUGCAUAUUUAUAGAAACUCUAACAAGUCCCAGCAAGAACUGCUUCUUGAUCUCAUGUGGGCCAUUUGGCCAGAACUGCCAGCCUAUGGGCGGAAAGCCGCUCAGUUUGUGGACCUUCUUGGAUAUUUUUCAUUGAAAACCUCCCAAACAGAGAAAAAGUUUAAGGAAUAUUCACAAAAGGCUGUUGAGAUCCUGCGAACCCAAAACCACAUCCUGACAAACCACCCUAACUCCAACAUCUACAACACGCUCUCUGGUUUGGUGGAGUUUGAUGGAUAUUAUCUUGAAAGUGACCCGUGUCUUGUAUGUAAUAACCCUGAAGUCCCACUCUGCAACAUCAAACUCUCCUCCAUAAAAGUGGACACAAGAUACACCACCACACAGCAGGUGGUGAAACUAAUUGGUAGCCACACAAUUAGCAAAGUGACGGUCAAGAUUGGUGACUUGAAACGCACUAAGAUGGUGCGAACCAUCAAUCUGUAUUACAACAACCGCACCGUGCAGGCGAUAGUAGAGCUUAAAAAUAAGCCCGCGCGUUGGCACAAAGCCAAGAAGGUGCAGCUGACCCCCGGACAGACUGAGGUGAAGAUUGAUCUUCCUUUGCCCAUUGUCGCUUCCAACUUAAUGAUCGAGUUUGCAGACUUUUACGAAAAUUAUCAAGCCUCCUCAGAGACGCUACAGUGCCCGCGUUGUAGCGCUUCUGUGCCUGCAAACCCAGGAGUAUGUGGGAACUGUGGAGAGAAUGUCUACCAGUGUCACAAGUGCAGGUCCAUAAACUAUGAUGAGAAGGAUCCUUUCUUAUGCAAUGCUUGUGGUUUCUGCAAAUACGCUCGCUUUGACUUUAUGCUAUAUGCCAGACCGUGCUGUGCUGUGGAUCCCAUUGAGAAUGAAGAAGAUCGAAAGAAAGCUGUUACUAACAUCAACACAUUGCUGGAUAAAGCGGACAGGGUGUAUCACCAACUGAUGGGCCACCGACCACAACUAGAGAACCUGCUAUGUAAAGUGAAUGAGGCAGCACCGGAAAAGCCCCAGUUGAUCUUCACCUUGCAGGAUGACUCGGCCAAUGCUGGAGGGAUUAGCUCCACUUCAGCCAGUGUGAAUAGAUAUAUCUUGCAAUUGGCCCAGGAAUACUGUGGGGACUGCAAGAAUUCUUUUGAUGAACUUUCCAAGAUUAUACAGAAAGUAUUUGCCUCUCGAAAGGAACUGCUAGAAUAUGAUCUGCAACAAAGAGAAGCUGCUACCAAAUCUUCCCGUACCGCUGUGCAGCCCACAUUCACUGCCAGCCAGUAUCGAGCCCUCUCAGUGCUUGGCUGUGGGCACACCUCUUCUAACAAAUGCUAUGGCUGUGCUUCUGCUGUGACAGAGCACUGCAUCACGUUGCUCCGUGCCCUGGCCACCAACAGCACAAUUCGGCACAUCCUGGUUUCACAGGGUCUUAUCCGAGAACUCUUUGAUUACAAUCUACGUCGGGGCCCGGCAGCAAUGCGUGAUGAAGUGCGGCAGGUCAUGUGCCUGCUAACCAGGGACAAUCCAGAAGCCACACUGCAAUUGAAUGACUUGAUCAUAGGGAAAGUGUCAACAGCUCUCAAGGGACAUUGGGCAAACCCAGACUUGGCAAGCAGUCUUCAGUAUGAGAUGCUGCUGCUAACAGACUCCAUAUCCAAAGAAGACAGCUGCUGGGAACUUCGCCUUCGCUGUGCUCUGAGCCUUUUCUUGAUGUCUGUGAACAUUAAAACUCCAGUGGUUGUUGAGAACAUAACGUUAAUGUGUCUGAGAAUUCUGCAGAAACUAAUUAAACCAGCAUCUCCCACCAGCAAGAAGAACAAGGACGCGCCUACUGACGGACUCACUACUGUCAAACCAUACAGCAAUGAAAUCCAUGCUCAGGCCCAGUUGUGGCUCAAGCGAGAUCCAAAGGCGUCAUAUGAGGCUUGGAAGAAAUGCCUGCCUGCCCGUGUUGUAGAUGGCAGUGGUAAAACACCAAACAAAGCAGAGAUGAGACAGAUGUACUUACAGGAGAAAUAUGCUUGGAAGUGGAAGCAGUUCAUGAGCAAGAAGGGGAAGAGAACGGCCCAUCUGGAACUUAAACUGGGUCACAACAAUUGGCUAAGACAGGUGCUAUUUACACCGGCAACACAAGCGGCACGUCAAGCCGCUUGCACGAUUGUAGAGGCGCUGGCGACCAUUCCCAGUCGCAGACAGCAGGUGCUGGACCUUCUUACCAGUUAUCUUGAUGAGCUGAGUCUUGCGGGGGAGUGUGCUGCAGAGUACCUGGCAUUGUAUCAAAAGCUUAUUAAACCUGCACAUUGGAAGGUUUAUCUUGCAGCAAGAGGAGUCCUACCUUAUGUUGGCAACCUUAUCACCAAGGAAAUUGCCCGUUUGCUUGCUCUGGAGGAAGCAACUCUAAGCACAGACCUGCAGCAGGGAUACGCCUUAAAGAGCCUUACCGGCCUUCUCUCCUCAUUUGUGGAAGUAGAAUCAAUCAAACGUCAUUUCAAAAGCCGGUUAGUUGGCACGGUGCUGAACGGUUACCUCUGCCUACGGAAGCUGGUCGUGCAGAGAACAAAGCUGAUAGAUGAGACCCAGGAUAUGUUACUGGAGAUGCUGGAGGAUAUGACCACAGGCACUGAAUCCGAGACAAAGGCGUUCAUGGCAGUAUGUAUAGAGACUGCCAAACGGUACAGUGUGGAUGAUUACAGGACGCCGGUGUUCAUUUUCGAAAGGCUCUGCAGCAUCAUUUAUCCAGAAGAGAAUGAAGUGACAGAGUUCUUUGUGACCCUUGAAAAGGACCCACAGCAAGAAGACUUCCUGCAAGGCCGUAUGCCUGGAAACCCCUACAGCAGCAACGAGCCAGGAAUUGGGCCACUUAUGAGGGAUAUAAAGAAUAAGAUCUGCCAAGACUGUGACCUUGUGGCACUGCUAGAAGAUGACAGUGGGAUGGAGCUCUUAGUGAACAACAAGAUAAUUAGUCUGGACCUUCCAGUUGCUGAGGUUUACAAAAAGGUGUGGUGCCCAACCAAUGAAGGGGAGCCCAUGAGAAUCAUAUACAGAAUGAGGGGUUUGCUGGGCGACGCUACUGAGGAAUUCAUUGAAUCUCUUGACUCAACCACAGAUGAAGAAGAAGAUGAAGAAGAGGUGUACAAGAUGGCAGGCGUAAUGGCGCAAUGUGGCGGUCUGGAAUGUAUGCUUAAUCGUCUGGCAGGAAUCAAAGACUUUAAACAGGGUCGCCAUCUUUUGACUGUCCUGCUCAAACUGUUCAGUUAUUGUGUGAAGGUAAAAGUGAACAGACAGCAGCUAGUCAAACCCGAAAUGAACACCCUGAAUGUUAUGCUGGGCACCUUGAAUUUGGCCUUGUUGGCGGAGCAGGAGAGCAAAGACAGUGGAGGAGCUGCUGUGGCAGAGCAGGUCCUGAGUAUUAUGGAGAUUAUUCUGGAUGAGUCCAAUGCUGAACCACUGAGUGAGGACAAGGGUAAUCUUCUCCUUACCGGGGACAAGGAUCAGCUAGUGAUGCUGCUGGACCAGAUAAACAGCACCUUUGUGAGGUCCAAUCCAAGUGUACUCCAAGGCUUACUGCGCAUCAUCCCGUAUCUGUCUUUUGGAGAGAUGGAAAAAAUGCAGAUUCUUGUGGAUCGAUUUAAACCAUACUGCACUUUUGAGAAGUAUGACGACGAGCACAGCGCAGAUGAUAAAGUCUUCCUUGACUGCUUCUGCAAAAUUGCUGCAGGCAUCAAGAAUAACAGCAAUGGGCACCAGCUGAAGGACCUCAUCCUCCAGAAGGGGAUUACUCAGAAUGCUCUCGAUUACAUGAAAAAGCACAUCCCAAGUGCCAAGAAUUUGGAUGCGGACAUUUGGAAGAAGUUUUUGUCUCGUCCGGCACUACCUUUUAUCUUAAGGUUGAUGCGUGGGUUGGCUACACAGCACCCCUCAACACAGGCCCUUAUUGGCACAGACUCUAUAACAAACUUGCACAAACUAGAGCAAGUGUCAAGCGAUGAAGGAAUUGGGACCCUGGCAGAAAAUCUCCUGGAGGCUUUGAGAGAACAUCCAGAGGUUAAUAAGAAGAUAGACGCGGCCAGGAAAGAAACUCGGGCGGAGAAGAAACGAAUGGCAAUGGCAAUGAGACAGAAAGCUCUGGGAACCUUAGGCAUGACUACAAAUGAGAAGGGCCAGGUUGUAACCAAGACAGCUCUCCUGAAACAGAUGGAGGAAUUAAUAGAGGAACCUGGGCUGACUUGCUGCAUUUGCAGAGAAGGUUACAAGUUCCAACCCACCAAAGUGCUUGGUAUUUACACAUUUACCAAACGAGUGUCCCUGGAAGAGUCAGAAAACAAGCCACGGAAACAACAUGGUUACAGUACGGUGUCUCAUUUCAAUAUUGUGCACUAUGACUGCCACCUCGCUGCUGUCAGGUUGGCUCGGGGUCGCGAAGAGUGGGAGAGUGCUGCUUUACAGAACGCAAACACUAAGUGUAACGGGUUGCUUCCUGUCUGGGGCCCCCUUGUACCGGAAUCUGCUUUUGCAACUUGCUUGGCAAGGCACAACACCUACCUACAGGAGUGUACAGGCCAGCGAGAACCAACCUACCAACUUAACAUCCAUGAUUUGAAGCUUCUAUUUCUCCGUUUCGCCAUGGAGCAGUCAUUCAGUGCAGACACAGGAGGCGGAGGAAGGGAAAGCAACAUACAUCUCAUCCCAUACAUCAUUCACACGGUGCUUUAUGUUCUCAACACAACUCGGGCAAUAUCCAGAGAAGAGAAAAAUGUACAGAACUUUCUAGAACAGCCUAAAGAAAAGUGGGUUGAAAGUGCAUUUGAGGUGGACGGACCACAUUACUACACAGUGCUAGCGCUUCACCUUCUGCCCACUGAGAGGUGGAAAACGAUACGUAUUGAUGUGCUGAAGCGGCUCCUUGUCAUUAGUCAUGUACGGGCUGUUUCCCCUGGAGGUGCAAACAGACUGUCUGAUAAGGCUGUGAAAGAUUAUUCUGUUUAUCGCUCCAGUCUGCUAUUCUGGGCACUGGUUGACCUUAUUUAUAACAUGUUUAAGAAGGUUCCAACGAGUAAUACAGAGGGCGGCUGGUCUUACUCCCUAGCAGACUACAUCAGACUGAAUGACAUGCCUAUUUAUGAGGCUGCUGACAAAGCCUUAAAAACCUUCCAGGAUGAGUUCAUGCCUGUAGAGUCUUUCUCGGAGUUCAUGGAUGUAGCUGGCCUUUUAUCCGAAAUCAGCGACCCGGACAGUUUCCUCAAGGAUCUUUUAAACUCCGUCCCAUGAACAGCCAGUGGAUGUAAAUCUGCUUUUUAGACUUCCGGAUCCUCUCUCUCCCCUGGGUGUUUAGUUGUUUUUUUCCCUGUCCUUGCAGUGGGUGCAGUAAUAUAUUUGCCCCUCCUUUAUAAGAUGUGUGUAACUUGCUUGUUGCCGCAGAGGGCUGCAUAUUCUUUGAAGUCUAGCAGCAGAAUGGUCAAAGACAACUUUUAUCUGUUUUGGCAAAAUACUCUCUCUGUGUAUUGUCCUGAACUGUGGUUUAAUCAAUUCUGUGAGUUUUAGUGUGCUUGUUACUGAUAAAAUAAGACGUAUCUAAGCCGAAAUCAGCUUUCGUGCCCAGGCUUCGAAUAGUAACGUGCUUCAUUACACAAAAACAAACAAAUGAUAUUCACUUAUCAAGUUAAUUUAACCUGUUUCCUGCCAGAGUGCAUUUCACCCAUCUCUUGCAACUAAUGAGUUGUCGUACCAAAAGAAGAAAAAAAUAAAGUAAUGCAUGUGUCACGUGUCUUAAAAAAUAACAGGUCAGUGCAGGACAGAUCUAGACAUUCGCCAUAGUGUUUCUAUAUACCGUCAGGUUUUUAAAUCACAUGAGACUCUGCAAGCUGAAUCACAGACCAGUCCAUCCUUUCAGUCCUACGUAAUUGAUUCUAGUUAUGACUUUUAAUUAAAAAAAUAUAUUAUCUAAAGCUGAUUUGGGGAGAAGACGUUGUGAGUGUUCUUAAGUGGAGCUUUCAGGAUCUGUGUGAGGAACAUAGGUUUGAUUCUAUUUCCAGGAUGAAUGGAACUUGCUUUUGUGGUAUUCUUGCAUUCUGACAGACAUGUAAACCAACUGCCCUAUGCUUAUGAAAUAAAGCUUUCAUUUUGACUCUUUGAA